AAAAGAGAAAAAAAACCUAGCACUGUGAAUAAUAAUCUGUUUGUUGUGCGGCAAUUCUGAAGAUACAUUUUGGACUAAUAGAGACAGAGUAGAGCGUCCCUCUCCCAUUCGUACAUAGCUACCACCACCAUCACCUACGCAAACGAAACCAUUAUUUCCCUUCUCUCUCUAACUCUCUCUCUCUCUUUCUCUCUAUACCGAUCUUCACUCCCUCGCUUCUUUGCCGAUCUCCAAAUUAGGGUUUUCACCCUCUCCUCUCCGCUUCACAGAUCCGGCCACCGCUUCUCCUCCUCCGCCAUGUUCUGGAAGCUUCCCUCCAUCUCCGCCUCAUCUCCGGUGGAUGCGAUAUUGGACAAGGAUAAUUUCACAUUGGAAGAGCUUCUGGAUGAUGAGGAAAUCAUUCAAGAGUGCAAGGCCUUAAACAGUCGCCUCAUCAACUUUCUAAGAGAUAGAGCUCAAGUUGAGCAAUUGCUGCGCUACAUUAUUGAAGAACCACCGGAAGAUGCUGAAAACAAACGAGUUUUCAAGUUUCCAUUCAUUUCCUGUGAGGUCUUCACAUGUGAAAUUGAUGUCAUUUUGAAGACCUUGGUGGAUGAAGAAGAGCUCAUGAACUUAUUAUUCUCCUUCUUGGAACCUGAUCGCUCUCAUAGCACCUUGCUGGCUGGGUACUUUGGCAAGGUUGUUGUUUGCCUAAUGAUUCGAAAGACAGUACCACUGAUCAAUUAUGUUAAAGCCCAUCCACAUGUUUUUCGCCAACUGGUUGAUUUGAUUGGCAUUACAUCUAUUAUGGAGGUUUUGGUUCGAUUAGUAGGUGCUGAUGACCAUGCCUAUCCCAAUUUUAUAGAUGUGGUGCAAUGGUUGGCUGAGAGCAACCUGCUAGAGAUGAUUGUUGAUAAAUUAAGUCCAUCUAGUCCUCCUGAAGUUCAUGCUAACGUAGCUGAAACAUUAUGUACAAUAACUAGAAUUCCUUCAUCUACUCUUGCAAUUAAGCUUUCAAGUCCAAGUUUUGUUGCAAAAAUUUUGGAGUAUGCAUUGGAAGAUUCAGAAUCAAAUUCAAGCCUUGUCAACUCACUUUCGGUGUGUAUUUCUUUGCUGGAUCCCAAAAAAUCAGCUGUUUCAUCUCAACUUUUUCAUUCGUUCCGAAGUCAAAACAUGUAUGAGCCACCAAUUCCUGUAAACCCAGAUACUAUUGGUGCAAUGCUCCCUAAACUUGGUGAAUUGCUUGUGCUUUUGAAUGUGUCAUCUGAUAGCAAGAUAUUGCCUACAACGUAUGGUGAAUUGAGACCUCCACUUGGCAAACGUCGAUUGAAGGUCGUGGAGUUUAUUGCAGUACUUCUAAAAACUGGAAAUGAAGUGGCAGAAAAAGAAUUGGUCAACUCAGGAACCAUCAGACGAGUUGUCGACCUUUUCUUUGAAUAUCCUUACCAUAACGCAUUACACCAUCACGUGGAAAGUAUCGUAUUAUCAUGUUUGGAGAGCAAAACUGAUGCAAUUAUUGAUCAUCUUCUUCGAGAUUGUGAUUUAAUUGGAAGGUUUCUCCAAGCAGAUAAACAUUGUAUUCUUUCUGCUGAAAACAAUCAGGCAACAGUACCUGCUGCUGGGAAACGGGCAACGCGGGUAGGAAACAUUGGACAUAUUACUCGAAUUGUUAAUAAACUUUUUCAGUUGGCUCAUAACCAAAGUCACAUCCUGACAUAUCUUCAGGAGAACAGCGAAUGGAAUGAGUGGCAAGCUACCGUUCUUCAGGAACGUAAUGCAGUUGAGAAUGUCAACCGUUGGGCUUGUGGGCGUCCUACUGCAUUACAAGAUAGAAUGAGGGAUAGCGAUGACGAUGAUCUUCAUGACAGAGACUAUGAUGUAGAUUUAGGAAAUAAUUUGAACCAGGCUUUUAGAUACAAAAUUUAUGGAACUGAGGAUAAUGAAGAGGAACGUGGCAGUCUUGAUCGAGAUGACGAGGAUGUCUACUUUGACGAUGGUUCUGCUGAAGUAGUCAUAUCAUCCCUAAGACUUGGUGAUGACCAAGGGAGCAAUCUGUUCACAAACUCCAACUGGUUUGCGUUCCAAGAUGACAGAAUUGGUGAUGCACCAGGUGAUUCAUCAUCCCCUGAGAUGAUGGAUGAAGUAAACUUGAAUGGAGCUGUAAAUGGUGGUGGCAGCAGUAGUGAUGAUGAGGUAGUAGUUGGAGAGGAUGAAGACUUGACCGACAGCAAAAAUACUGUGAAUGGUACAUCCAGCUCAAACACAAACUUCUUUAGUGGAUUAAGCGGUAAUGAUUCCAUGGAUGAAGGUGCUGUAGAUUUAGAAAAUGAGAGGGCAAGCGCUUCGCAUGAUAUGGGAUUCUUCAGGUUUGAAGUACCCGACAAUGAGGACUUGUUUGGGGAUAGGCCUUUACCAGAUUGGGUGGGAUGGGGUGAACAAUCAGAGAUGCAAGUUGCUGGUUCAAGUAUGAAUCCCUUUUUGGAUAAUGACGAGUCUGGUAGCAAUUCGCGUACUAAGCCUCACCUAGGCAGCACUGAUCUGAGUUCUUCAAAUGGGGAAUCUGUAUCUUCAAAUGGUUUGCCAGCCACUGAGGAUUCAUUGGACGGUGGUGGUGAUUCAAGCCAAAGAUCCGUAGUAGUACCCUCCCUAUUUGAAGAGGAUGUGGAAUUUGUAGGUGUAGAAUUAGAUGGUGCCGAGAAGGCAAUGGACCAGGCUCUCAAAGAAGGAAUAGUUGGGGAAGCAGGACCAUUAAAAAGAAACCUAGUCCCAGAAUUGCCAGAAAAGGAAAAUUCCGAUGAGGGCAGUCCGGGUGUGAAGGAGUUCAAUGACGCAAAUUACUGGAGGAUUGACCAAGAGGUUGCUGUUCUAGAAUGAUGGGCAUGGUGGUAAAUCUGAAUUUUUAUUGUUUGUAUGAAAAGUUCGACCAACACUAGUGGACCUUAUUCACAGUUUGCAAGGUUAUGCAAAUUAGUGUACAGCAUAUAUUCUGUUUCAUAUGGUCUGUUUCGGUUUCAGCUUAUAGAUCUUACUUGUUAAUCAAUUUGAAGUUUUGCCUCUUCCUAGGAGUGAUUUAAGGGAGUUCCCGUGUUUAUUGAAUAUUUAUCCUGAUUUUCCUUCUUA